AUGGGCAACACAUACUCUCUCUUCUUCCCUCCUCCGCCUCCGCUCACCGAAGACAAUCUCCCAAGCCAAAGCGGCAAAGUCUUCCUCGUGACAGGCGGCACAAGUGGUGUAGGCUACGAACUAUGCAAACUCCUGUACCACGCCGGAGGCAAAGUGUACCUCUCCGGCCGCACCAAACCCAGCGCCGAAGCCGCCAUCGAAAGAAUCAAAGCCUCCAGCCCCUCCAACCCAUCCACGGGCGAACUCCUCCCCUUCGCCAUAUCUCUCGACAACCUCUCCGCAAUAAAACCCGCCGUCGAGGACUUCCUCGCCCACGAACCCCGCCUUGACGUCCUCUUCAACAACGCCGGCGUCAGCAACCCCCCCAAAGACUCCAAAACCGCCCAAGGCCACGAACUGCAAAUGGGCACAAACUGUCUAGGCCCCUACCUCCUCACCCAACUCCUCCUCCCCCUCCUGCACGCCACCGCCGCAACCUCCCCACCCGCCUCCGUCCGCGUGGUCUGGACAUCGUCCAUAACCGUCGACCUCGGCCCCUCUCCCCCUGCACACAUCUCCGGGAUGACGACGCCCUCCACCAACCAGCAGACGAACUACGCAAUCUCCAAAUACGGCAACUGGUUCCUCGCCCACGGCCUCAGCGAGCAGGACUCCUCGAUCCUCAGCGUCUCCCAGAACCCGGGCAAUCUCAAGACGCAGUUGACGCGACAUAUGCCCAGUAUCGUGCCCUUGCUCGUGGGACCUCUGCUGUAUCAGCCUAAGUAUGGGGCGUAUACGGAGUUGUGGUGUGGGGUUUCGGGGGAGUUGGGAACGGGGGAUGGUGGGGCGUAUGUGCUGCCGUGGGGACGGGUGCAUCCUAAGCCGCCGGGGAGGAUGUUGGAGGCGUUGAGGGGGGAGGGGGAGGGUGGGACGGGGGUGGCGGCGAGUUUCGUAGAGUGGUGUGAGGGGGAGACGAGGGAUUAUAGGUGA